AUGGCAGAAUAUGAAUCAAGAAAAGUUAUUCGUUAUUCUAAAGAAAUGAUGAUUCAAUUGCAUGACAGUCCACUUGUAAAGAAGCCAGACACUUUACCUUGUCUAUCAACAUGGUUUGGCGAGGACCCAGGGUCUCCUAUCCUAAAGAAUAUAUUAAAUGGUUCGAAUAUAUCACGUACUCAUAGUAAUGGUGUUUCAACAGAUAAGAAUAUCUUACUUUGUCCACAAAAAGCCAACUUUGUUUCUUCGUUAUAUGGCGGAUUCAAAAAGAAUGAUGACAGCAAUUCGAUGAAGCAUACAAGACACAAGACUGAUAGUAGCAGCAACAACAACAACAAUAGCAAUCGUAAUCCUCGCUCCUUUAUGGGAGAAAAAGGCCUUAACAACAACAGUAAUAGCAAUAAAUCGAAAUACAUGAAUGCAUCACCACACAAGAGAUACAAUAAUAAUAAUAGUAAUAAGCGAGAUAAUCACUAUCAUAGUCAACAUCAUCAUAAUCAAUCAUCUUCCAAUCGAAUGAGAAUGGAUGAACACAACACAAACAAUUAUAAUGAAAGAGUACCCGAGUGGUUAGACUAUAAUCCUGAAUCUAAAGACCAACAACAGCAACAGCAACAACAACAACAAAAAGAAGUGACAAAUGAUUUGGAGCUAUGGAAAUCCACAAUGAAGAAGAAGGACGGCCUCGAGGAAAGUAAAGGCUUUGUUGACAAAUUGGGUCAAAAAGAAACGGAACAGGCUUUUUCAUUUUUAUCACUUGAUCAAAAGAAUGGCUUUGAUGAUUUCUUCGUAAAGGAGACAGAAUUGUUAACUCCUCGUCGUGAAAAUCAAACAGGCUCUCGAUUCGCUAAAUUCUUUGCUAAACGUGAGGAAGAAGAAGACCAACAUCAAGCACCUGCUGCUGAACCAAAAUCAAUUAGCAUCAAUGAUCUAUUCCAAGGGGUACAACAACAACAACCAGCAAGUAAUAAUGAAGUUCAUGUCUUGUCUGAAGAUGAUAUCUUACAGUCAUUGGGCGCGAAAAAAAAUAAUAGUAAUAAGCCAGCUGGAACAGGUGAUGCAAUAGGAUUCAAUCGAGUUCUUCAGAUACUAUCUCAGCCAAAGCCCACUAUCCCCUCCCCUACAGCAACUGCAGCUUCAGCCACCACUACUGCUAACAGUAAUGUUGCUCCUGAUAAUUACAUGAUUGAAAGUGAUAAUAAAGAAAAUCAACAAAACAUGCCACCUACCAUGGCUUCAACAACGACAGCGACGACAAAUACGACUGGUAUUACCACUGUUGCUCCUACAGCGGCUGCUCCUACAACUGCUACUGUUGCUACUUCUACUCCAGUGCCUGAUGUACCGUCAGCAACAACAGCUACCGCAGAGGUUAAAGCAAGCGGUAAUAGCAAGCCAUCUACUCCUAUCAUGUCUAGUCGAUUCGGUAACAAUUUGCCUACAGCUGUUUUACGUCAAAUGAGCGCACGCUCCUCUCCCUCACUACAAACUAGCAAGUCUACUCACACUGCUAACUAUUCGACUGCAACAACAUCCACUGCAGCUGUUGCUAGAAAUUCACCUAUUAAACAACCUAUUCACCAACCCAUUCAACAGUAUCCUUCAGUGUUCCCUUACCAACAGCCCCCUUACUCACCUCAUCAACAGAUGAUGGAGAUGUUCCCUAUGAAUGGUGGCAUGCCACCCCCAAGAGCUAAUGGAAAUCCCGAGCAAUUCUUACCUCCACACAUGAUGAUGCAGCCACCGCCACUGCCUCCUCCUAAUGCUGCACAGAGGCCAAUGAUGCCCCCUCAUCCUUUCUUACAAGGACAGUUUCAUAUGCAGAGAGAUAUGAUGCAACCCAUGCCACCUUAUGUUAUAACAAACGGUAUUCCUCCUCACCAAAUGUUUAACAAGAACCAAGGAUGGGAGCGUCAGUAA